AAUGAAAGUUUGGUGCCACCGAGUUCCGCCCCUUAGCGAGUGGUACAGCUCGAUGCCGGUCGGAUUCUACCAGCAGAAUAUGUACCAGUCAUCUUCGGCGGCGACGGCGGCGGCCAUCGUCGAAAGUGCAUGUAGUGGGCUGCAAACUGUCUUUUCCCGGCUUCCGAGUUUGUUAGCUUGUCUUCACAAUGGCUCGCGGCUCCUCUGCCGGUUUUGAUCGGCACAUCACCAUCUUCUCUCCGGAAGGACGUCUUUAUCAAGUCGAGUAUGCCUUCAAAGCCAUAAAUCAAGGAGCAUUGACAUCGGUCGGUGUGCGAGGAACCGACUCGGCAGUCGUUGUCACUCAGAAAAAGGUCCCGGAUAAGCUCUUGGACGCUUCUUCAAUCACGCACGUAUUCAGUAUAACUCCACGAAUCGGCUGUGUCAUGACAGGGGGGAUCGCAGACUCCGCCUCCCAAGUAUAUCGAGCUCGCGUAGAAGCGGCAAACUGGAAAUACAAGUACGAGCACGACAUCCCCGUCGAUAUGUUGGCGAGGAGAAUAGCCGAUAUCUGCCAGGUAUACACUCAAAACGCAGAGAUGCGGCCUCUCGGCUGCUCGAUGAUGUUGGUUGGUUACGAUGACGAAUACGGUCCUCAAUUGUACAAAUGCGACCCCGCCGGAUACUUCUCUGGCUACAAGGCAGCGUCGGUAGGCGUCAAGCAGAACGAAGCAAUUUCAUAUCUCGAGAAGAAGUUCAAGAAGAAGGUCGAGUACAGCGAGGAGGAGGCUAUCCAGCUCGCCAUCUCAACGUUAUCCUCCGUCCUGUCGAUGGACUUCAAGGCCAGCGAUCUUGAAGUUGGUCUCGUGACGAAGGCCUCCCCCAAGUUCCGCGCUCUGUCACAGGAAGAAAUCGAAGCUCACCUCUCGGCGAUCGCUGAGAAAGAUUAGGUUUUUGCUUUCUGGUGACGAUGAUAAUGUCAAUAAAGGGAAAGAAAAUCCUAUUUAUCUUUUAAAUAGAAA